AUGAAUUUAUUACCGAAAGCAGUUGAUGAAUUUCGUAAUCGUGAUUAUUGGGAUCAAUUUUUUGAUAAAGUUGGUCGAGAAGCUUUUGAAUGGUAUUCAGAUUUUAUUGAUUUAGCCAAUAUACUAUGCAAAUAUAUAAAAUCUCGUGAUGAAGUUUUAGUUAUUGGUUGUGGUAAUUCAACGUUAAGUAAUGAUUUAUAUGAUACAGGUAUUGAACAUAUAACAAAUAUUGAUUUAUCGGAUAAAGUUAUAAAACAAAUGAAAAAACAAAAUGAAAUAAAACGUCCUGAUAUGAAAUGGCUACCAAUGGAUGCACGACAAAUGACAUUUGAUGAUAAUCAAUUUAGUGUUGUAUUAGAUAAAGGAACUAUUGAUGCAUUAAUGUCAAAUAAAAGUGAACAAGUUCUUUCAGAUAUUGAUCAAAUUCUUCAUCAAAUUGAUCGUGUUCUUCGUAUGACAGGUCGUUUUAUAUGUAUAACACUUGCUCAAAAACAUAUUCUUGAUCAUGUAUCACAAUAUUUUUUUAAUAACAAAUCAUGGCUUCUUCGUUAUCAUCAUGUUCAAACAAGUAAAUCAUUUGCAUUACCAGUUUUUGCAUUUGUUUUUACGAAAAUUACAAUGAAAAGUCCGUUAAUCGAAGUUCAAUUAUAUAAUAAUGCGGAUACAAAUUGGCUUCGAUUUAAUGAAUUAUCCGAAGCAAUAAAUGCUAUUCAACAAUGUCAAAUGACAUGUUUUAAAAAAUAUGAUUUUAAACAAAAAUUUGUACCUGGUAGUGAAACACCUAUUAUAGAUUUAUAUGCAGAAAAUAAUCAAACUAAACGACGAUAUCAAAUGAUUGUUGUUAAUAGUCUUACAAAAUAUCGAAAUAAACCAUUUGCUGCAUUCAUAGUACCUAAAUCAAGAAAUCUUGAUUGGCUCUAUUCAACACCAGCUGGUCGACAACAAAUAAUUGUUAAUGCAAAACAUACAACAAUAGCAUUUAUAUAUUUACAAUCUGACCAAGAAUAUCGUGAUCUUGAACAAGUAAAAUCUGAAAUGACAAAUGCUGUCGUUGAUUUUAAACCAGUUAAUUUACCAAAUAAUUUUCAGAUUCCUUUCUUAUCAUCAUCGGAAGGUGUUGGACAAGUAAUAAUUCGUGAACGAUCAUCAUCAUUCAUUAUUGAAGAUUGUCUUUAUGGAAAUGAUAAUGAAUGGAAACGACGUCUUCGUUUUGAUACUAAUCCAAAUCUUAUUCAAAGUGAAAUUAAUUUAAUUGCAAAUGAAGAAACAAAUGAUUUUAUGCCUGAUUAUUCCAUAUUGGAAAAUGAUUAUCAUGGAGUUAUUGUUGCUUGUUUGAAAACUCAUUUUCUUGCAACUAAGAAUUCUCAACCGAGCGGUAAUUGGCUUUUAAUUGGUCUUGGUGGUGGUGUAUUAACAAUGAAAUUAAUUCGAGCUUUUCCAAAAAUACAUUUAACAGGUGUUGAUAUUGAUAGUGAAAUGAUUCGAAUAGCUAAAAAAUGGUUUGGUCUUGAUGAUAGUCUAACAAAAUGUGUAAUUGAUGAUGGUAUUAAAUAUCUUCAACAACAAGUAGAAGAAAAAACAAUAUAUGAUGUGAUUAUAUUCGAUGUGAAUAAUGAUGAUAGUCAAAGUCCAUUACGUUGUCCACAUCCAGCAUUUCUUGAUAAUGAAAUAUUAAAAAAUGUUAAAACAUUACUUUCAGAUCAUUCCGGUAUAUUUGUAUUAAAUUUUGCUUCACGUGAUAAUACAAAUCAAGAUCGUGAAAAUUGUUUAAAAUAUUUAUUAACAAAUUUUGAUCAUCUAUCAUCAAUUAAAUUAGAUGAUGAUAUUAAUGAAAUAAUGUUUGCUAGUAAACAAUUAUUAUUAUUAAAUAUAAAAUCAUCUGAAAAAAUAUCCCAACAAAAUUUAUCAAUCGAUUUUGAUAUUGAGGAAUUAUUAUCGAAAAUGAUAGAUAAAUCUUCAGCGAAUAAAAAUAGUUAUGUUGUCGAUGUUAAAGUCGUGGACAUUGAAAAAAGAUAUAAUCCAGGACCAAAACAUUACGUCUAUGUUAUUCAAGUAACAUGGUCAAAUCCUACAAAUACAUUUAUAAUCUAUCGGCGUUAUGCUCAAUUUUUUGAUCUUCAAUGUAAACUACUUGAUCUAUUCGCCGAAGCUCCAUCACCAUCGAAUAAUUAUAAUACUCAAUCACGACUAAUUCCAUUUCUUCCGGGAAAAAUUUUUCUUGGUCGAAGUCAAAUACGUCAAGUUGCAUUAGAACGAAAACAAGCUCUUAAUAUAUAUUGUCAGACAUUAAUUUCUUUACCUGAACGAAUAUCUCGAUCUCGUUGUGUACUGGAAUUUUUUCAACCAUUACCAACUGAUGUACAAAAUCAAAUCGAAUUUUUAACUCGUAAUAAAAAAUCAGUUACUAAAAGUGCAAUGAUAAUCAGUGAACCAUCAAAAUUACCAACAUAUCGAUGUUUGGAUGAUUUUGUAGCAAUAGAAAAAACAGAAAUGUCUUUAAAACGAAAUACACUUAUUCAAGUUAUUCAUAAACAUCUAAAUGGUUGGUGGUUUGUUCAACAUGGUGAUCAUACUGGAUUUGUGCCUGGAGCUUUUCUAGAACCCAUCGAACAACCACGAGAUAUUCAUGAAACGAAUACACUUUCGACAUCAUCUAAUGAAACUUAUGUUGUUAAUAAGUCAUAUGAAGCAAAAAGUCGAGAUGAGAUUUCAUUAAAUCAAGGAUCAUUUGUAACUGUUCUUGAAAAAUCAUUUACUGGAUGGUGGAUAGUCAACUUUAAUAAUAUGACUGGUCAAUUUCCAGCUAUCUUUUUAACAUCAUGUAAAGGACGAAUUAUUCCAGUAAAUGUCACAAAAGAAGAAUCAAAUAUUCCUUCUAAUACAUUAAAUCAUCGAUUGAGUAGUUUGAAUAAUUAUGAACAAAGUGAUCAUGAUGAAUAUCCAAAUAAUUAUAGUGAACCAGAAAUAUUUUAUGUUCAUAGUGAUUUUAUUGAUAAUGUUGGUGAUUGUGUAUCAUUACAACGUGGUGAUAUUAUUGAAAUACAUGACAAACAUUCAAGUGGUUGGUGGCUUGGACGACGAUUAAAAGAUGAUUAUAUUCUUACUUGGAUGCCAUCAGCUUUUUUACAAAAAGAACCUAUUUUUGAUGCAUGUGUCGAUAGUGUAUAUAAUCCGUCUUUAAAUACGAACUCUUAUUUAAAUGUUGCUGAAGAAGAAGGACAACCGAAACAACAAGUUAGAGUAUUGACGGAUAAUAUUUAUCAAAAUGUAGAAAGUCGAAUAUCAACAAAUGUUACUUAUUCAGAAGUAAUAAAAAAGAAACAACCAAUUACAAUCAAACAUUCAUGUUUACCUUCAAGUGACAACGAAGAAGAUUCAAUAAAAGUGUCAGUACGAGAUCUUAUAAAAAAAUUUAAUAGACAAUAA